CAUGCUGCUCUCCACCGCCGACGUGGCAUGGCUCAACUGGGAGCCGGAAAUCCAAGCAGCGUCUCGCCAGGCGAGGCCCAAAAACCUGGCUCGAAGCCUGGCUCGUUAUAGGCCAACCCAGCAGAUUCCCAGCAAACACGUUCCAUGGCUGGAGCAGCAUUGCGAAAAAUGGGACACCGUUUUGCUCAAGCUGAAAGCGUGGCUCGCCGAAAGCUGCCAUCAAGUUCUCAGUCAGACAUCCCAGACAUCCAACGCUAUUCUGUUGGCAGCAUGUCAACAAGUUCUACCUUUGGAGCAGGCUCGGCUGGUGCUGGAGCCAGGUGAAGGUGCGGUUCGAUGCAAGGGCCGAGACUUCCAAUGCCGAGCUCCCCGCACCAUUUUCCACAGGAUGCGCAGCCACGGUGAGGCGCUGAGCUACGUCUGUCCCUGUCCAGCCCUGGGCGGUUUGCCGAAAACCUGGAGCUUUCAGAGUCCGGAAGCCUUGGCCAUAGCCAUCCUGGAACACCUGGAGGCUCACGACAGCCUGGCAGACGUGCGCGCCACGGCCAUGGGCGAAAUCGCCAUUUUGACCAAGGAGCACCUGGCCUGGCGACGGAGCCAAGGUCAGUUGCACUGCAAGGAUUGCGGCCAUUUCUUCGCCGGGCAGCGGGGGCUACAAGAUCACCAACGACAGAAACACAACAAGGGAGUGGAAGCUGCGUUGGAUGCGGUGGACCUGAGCCGCCUGGCGCUGGUGCCCUACCGCCCUGCGACCUUCCCUUCCUUGGCGCCGGCGCUUGCGGCGCCGGCGCUUGCGGAGAAGCCGAAGAAAACGUUGGAUCCGGGGCUCUGUGCGGCCCGCGACGGCAACCUGCAACAGUUGAGAACCUUGGUCGCCGAGGGUUGGAGUUUGGCCACCCGAGAUCAGCACGGUUCCAACGCGCUGCUGUGGGCUGCAGGUGGUGGGCACUUGGAGCUGUGUCGUUUCUUGGUGGCCUCCAAUGUGGAUCCGCAUGGUCAUCAGAAGGAUCACCGCAACGCCUUGCAUUGGGCAGCCCGCAAUGGGCACAUUGAGACCUGCCGCUGGUUGGUGACGGCCAAGAUCGAUCCCAACAAACCCACCUUGGAUGGAACGACUCCGCUUCACUGGGCCGUGUGGCAAAGUCACAAGGCCGUCUGUGACUUUUUGAUCCAUGAGGCCAAGGCGGAUUUGCAUGCCAAGAACAGGUACGGCUGCAAUGCAUCGCAGUGGGCCGCGCUGGCCGGGUCGGUGGCGAUGUGUACAUAUUUGCAGCACCAGGGACUAGACCUCAAGGUGUUGAACUUCAACGGGCACUCCGCCCUGCACAAGGCGGCCGUGAAGGGCCAGCGUUUGGUCUGCGAAUGGCUGCUGGAUGAGGGGGGCCUUGGAGAUCAGCAGAUGCAGCCAGAUGCAGAUGGCAAUACGCCGGCAAUUAUGGCUCGCUGUGGAGGUCAUCUUGAGCUGUCCCGUUGGCUGCAGCAGCAGACGUCGAACGGAGAGGAAAAAGUUUCGGAUGCAUCGCUGGUGCUGCGGCCUCGUUUCGGUGGUGACUGGACUUUGGCGGGGUCAGCACUUCGAGUCUUACAUGAUCCAAAUGCACCUCAUUUGUCGCCCUAUUUGGUGAAUGAGUCCGUCGAUUGCCUCGAACGCAGUAGUGCGUUUCCAGAAUGCAGCGCAGUUGGUCGUGAACUGGCAGAAGGGCAAGUGACUCGCCUCUGCCUGGACUUUACCGCGGAGGUCGACGAGGGCGUCUUCGCCCAGCUGGGUUUGGUGCGGCUCCACCCGGACGACUCCGAGACCUCCACCGUCUCGCUGCUGCCGACCCCGGCGGCCACCGAGGCGCCGGCGCCAGGGGAGCAGCGGCGCUGCGGGCGGCUCACGGUCUUUACGCCCGUGGUGUCCUCGGUGUUCUUCACUGCAGCUGGCGACAUCUUUGGCAGUUCCAAAAUCGAGGUGGUAGAACCAGGCGUGAAUGGCCGCUGCGUCUGCCACCGAGCUGAUGACUGGUGGAGCGGCGCCCCCAGCUGGUUCCUGGGCGGCGACCGGCGUCGGCUUCGGCUCUUCAUGGAGGUGGACCUUGGCAAGAGACCCAGCGUCUCCUUUCGCUUGGAGACGUUCCACCAGGCUCCAAUCGUAGUGACCUUGCCGCAGCUGGACGAUACGCCCAGUACGCCAUGGUUGCCAUGUGUCUCCAUCACUCAGGGCCAAACUGUCAGGAUAGUGGAGCUCCAGCUGGUGAGUGAUGGGCUGCUGCGGAUCCUACUGGUUGCAGUGACCUGGUCGAUGGGUCGAUGGGAAUACACCAAAGUGGCCUAUCAAGGCCACGCUUUUGUCGCAGUCCAGGAGGAGAGCACUGUGCCCGUGUUGCGGCGGCCGGAGUUGGGCAGAACGCCAGGCCGCACGUCCGGAACCGGAAGUCCAUCACAGGCCGAGCCGAAGUUCGCCGUCACCGGCGCUUCCAACGGCCUCUGUAGCGUCGCUGGCGUCGCUGGCGUGGCGCUGGGCCUUUUUUUCGCCCUGACCACGCGACUUCCGGCGCUGGCAGCCGACAUUGAGAACGGCCAGGGCAUCUUCUUAGCAAACUGCCGAAUCCUCAGUUGUGCAGCCUGCCAUGCUGGCGGAAAUAAUGCCGUGCAGCCCGACAAAAAGCUGAAGAAGGACGCCUUAGAGACGUACGGAAUGUAUGACGUCGAGAGGAUCAAGUAUCAGGUCACCAACGGCAAGAACGCGAUGCCCGCCUUCGGUGAACGCUUGGGUCCUGAUGACAUUGAGGUUGGAGCAAUUUUUUAUCCAAAUUUCUACAGAUGGUUCAACAGAGUUCAACUGAUCAGCACCAAAAAACAAGUCAGCGACCAUUUCCAGCGACCCGCCAUGAGUACCGCGGUGGCUUUGGCGCAGGGCGCGGGCGCAGCGGGCGCGGCCCGAGAGGCCACGACCGAAGAAGUCCUCCGCGACGCCGAGGACGCCUUCCCGGUGAUCUUCUCGGUGCAUCCGCCCCGGGAUGUGCUGGGCGGUCUAUGGAGCGGCAUCAAAUGCGUGUUGAGCGGCGUGUUGUUUGGACUCGUAGGUGUCAUCGCCCAGCCCGUUGAGGGCGCGCGCGAGGGUGGUGUGGUGGGAUGCUUCAAAGGAGCUGGUACAGGGCUGUUGGUUGGGCUCUUCUUUUCCAUCACCGGGCUCUGCACCGGAGUCUUCCAAGCUGUGCGUGGUCUAGCAGCAACCCCCAAGGCUAUUUGCAUGGCCGCUCAGGGCUGGAAGUGGAACUCGGAGAACGGCACUUGGACAGAGCCCAAGGUGUAUUCUCUGCCAGAGGAAGCAGCUGAAUUCCUCGACGACGAUGAGGAACAAGACUUUCAACCCAGAUCAAAGGUGGUUGACACCUACUACUACGAUCAGUUGGGUGUGGAAUGUGCGGCAUCGGCGAAAGAGAUCCGCCGCGCCUAUUUCCAGAAGUCGAGGCAGUGUCAUCCUGACAAGACCAGCGACAACGAUGCCAAGGAACGCUUUCAAGCCAUCUCCGAAGCGUAUCAAGUCCUCUCCGACCCCAAGAGGCGUCAGGACUAUGACAGCCGCGGCAGAUGUCAGGAGGGAUUCAUCGACGCCAAGGUCUUCUUCAGCGUCUUGUUGGGCGCGGAUGCCUUGGCUCCGUACAUCGGAAGGCUCAGGAUCACCGAGAUGUUUGGCACCGACUUCUGCGACAGUGCUCCAGAGGAGGAACAGCAGUUGAACCAGACGCGGCGACAAGUGAAGCUAGCUGUUGGCCUCGCCCAGAGGUUGGAUAAGAUCCGAGUGGACAACGAUGGCAGAUUCAUCAAAGAGGCCAAAAAAGAAGCACGAGGUAUCCUGGAAAGCGAUCCCUCCCUGGGUCGUUUCAUUGCAGAGAUCGCAUGGGUCUACACCAACCGAGCCGAAUGGUAUUUGGCCUCUUUGACCUCCGCACUUGGCUCAUGGAGUAUGGGCGCGGUGAGUUCCAAAGCGCACGGCCGUGGCCGCGAGGCCUCGCAGAAGGCGCACACCGCCAAGUUGGCCGUGAAGUCCUUCAUGCAGCUCCGCAGGAUCGUCAAGGAGGCAGAUGACAGCGAGAAAGCUGCAAGCAGCGACGCCGUCGCGCAGAACCCCAGUGUGAAAUCUGUCCACGAGGAGCUUCCAGAGUACAUCAGCACUGCUUUACCCACCUUCAUGGAGACUUUCUGGAGCUUAUCUUCCCAUGACAUCACUGGCACCUUGGAUAAGGUCAUCGAACGUGUCUUGAAGGAUGCCAGCAUCAGUGCGGAAUCCAGAUGUGAACGUGCUCGCGCUUUGCGAGAGCUGGGCCACGCUUUACAGGAAACCGCCAAGGCUUCAGCAGCCGAAGCCGCUGACGGUCGCGAAUGCCAGCGAUUUGAAAAGGCCUUUAUGGCCUCCGUGGCACGUGAUUGACGUGAUUGACCAGGUGCUGGGACAACAGAACAGGCAGCUCUGGUGGCUGCGGAAAAGUCCGGAAAAAAAUGCUCAGGUUCAGCGAAAUGUCAGUGAUCCA